AUGACAUACGACGGCAACGAGGAGGUUCACAGCGGAGACAAUUUGGGAAAAACCAAGACCAAGAAAUGUGACAAGAGUAGGAACAAAGAUGAGGCUCAAAUUCUAGUUAGUGAGGCUGUUACAAAUAUGGAAGAUGGUGAAGGUCCUGCAUCUGGCUCUCUUGAUGAGAGAAUCGUUAGCACGGAGGCUGGUUUAGCGGUUUUGGGCCAUCGCUUCAAGACCCUUGAGUCCAACGUUGGUACCCUUGAGGCGGCUGCUCUUGAAGGGCUGGACGAAGUCAAGGCUGACUUUUCCAAGCAAAAUGAAGAGCACAAGAAGGGGCUGACCAGCUUGGAACUCAAGCUUACGGAAGCAUUAUCGAUGCUACAUGAGGAGUUUGGGUCAAAACUGUUCGAGGUGAUGUUGGGGCAGUCCGCUUUGCAGGAAGAAGUUGCUGAUUUGAAGCAACAACUGGAAGCAUCCCGUGUUGGUGGAAAUCAUGGUUUCGUGGCUUACCAUAAUACUAGUAUUGAGGCUCCUAAACCGAACGUGUUUAAGGGUGAGAGGAACUCUCAAGAUGUAGAGAAUUUCAUAUGGCAAUUGGAGUCGUAUUUUGAGCACAUCAAGUUUGUUGACAGGACAGCAAGGAUCCGGAUUGCAACCAUGUACUUUAGCGACGUCGCAAUAUUGUGGUGGCAGUUGAGGAGGCGUAAUGUCAAGACCGUGGAUGAGGCCAUUAAAGUGGCAGAAUCCUUGACUGAUUUUCAUGCCGAUUAUGCCAAGGCGAAGGAUAGUCGGAACAAGCCCGUUGCUACCAAGGGAGAUCGUGGGGACAAGGUCAAAGACAAGUUUGUUCCCAACAAAAAUCGUGAGUUCAAAGGCGAAUGCAACCAGCUAUCGUCAUUCCGGAAGAACUACCAGGAGAAGAAGAAAGAUGUAGCUAACCGCGAUAGCGGCUGCUACCUUUGCGGGGAUAUGUCUCACUUUGCUAGAUAUUUUCCUUCAUUGAGUAAGAUGGAAACGACGAUUGCAGCAACACGGAAGGAUCAAUCUAGUGCGCAAGUCGGGGGUUCCGGGGAGCAAGAAGCACAAGCUGCUAAUCCGGGGAAAGGAAAGGGACAUGCCAUGGGUUUGUUCAACCACAUGGCUUUGUUUAACCACAUGACGCUUGUAGCUCUUUCUGCAAAGAAGCAGUCAUUAUUUGUUGAUGAGGAGGUGAAUGGGCGAGCAGUUCACAUUAUGGUGGACAUCGGAGCAACGCAUAACUUUGUUACGGAGGAAAAGGCCAAAGAAAUUGGACUUGCAUUCGUGACCAGUGAUUCAAUGUUAAAGACUGUUAAUUGUAUCCCUACCAAUGUCAAUGGCCUCGCUCCUCGGGUGAGUCUCACCUUGGGAGGUUGGAAGGGAGAAACGGAUUUUUCGGUUGUCCCGAUGGAUGUCUUUGAUAUUUUUUUGGGGAUGGAUUUUUGGUAUGAGAUUAAUGUGUUUAUUUUGCCACGUCUUAACCAGCUAGCCAUUUGCGAUGUGGGUGGUUCUUUCAUUGUUCCACUUAUUCGUGUCGCUCAAAGUGGAACACGUUUGUCGGCAAUGCAGCUUGUUAAAGGUUUCAAGAAAGGAGAAGCAACCUUUCUUGUGACAUUUAUGGAGAUUGUGGGCUGCCAAGAAGAUGAAUUAUUGCCCUCAUGUGUCCAACGUGUUCUUGAAGAGAACAAGGAUGUAAUACCGGAGGAGCUUCCCAAAUGGUUACCUCCACGAAGGGAAGUUGAUCACGAAAUCGAGUUGGUUCCCGGGGCAAAGCCACCAGCUAUGACCCCGUAUCGAAUGUCGCCUCCGGAGCUUGAAGAACUUAGAAAACAACUCAAGGAGUUGCUGGAAUCAGGCCACAUCCGACCAUCUAAGGCACCCUUUGGAGCUCUGGUCACGGUGAAAAACAAAUAUCCCAUUCCCUUGAUAGCUGAUUUGUUUGAUCGUUUGGGGAAAGCCAAAGUGUUCACAAAGAUGUAUUUGAGGAAGGGCUAUUAUCAAGUUCGCAUAGUCGAAGGAGAUGAAGCCAAGACGACUUGUGUGACUCGUUAUGGGUCCUUUGAGUGGCUGGUCAUGCCUUUUGGACUGACCAAUGCACCAGCCACAUUUUUUACCCUAAAGAACAAGAUUUUCCAGCCAUACUUGGAUCAAUUCGUGGUCAUAUACCUGGACGACAUUGUUGUUUAUAGUAGCUCAAUGGAGGAGCAUCUAAAGGUGCAAUUCUUGGGCCAUACGAUCAGCCAAGGGCAGAUUCAGAUGGAUAGCGACAAAGUUGAGGCGAUCUGGGAUUGGGAGGCUCCAACGAAGGUGCCCGAAUUAAGGUCCUUCCUUGGCUUUGCUAAUUAUUACCGGAGAUUUAUUCUUGGAUACUCGGAUAUUGCUUCUCCACUCACGGAUUUAUUGAAGAAGAAUCGUGUCUGGGAGUGGAAUAUGCAAACGGAUGCAUACGAUUUUGCUAUUGGUGGUGUCCUAACGCAAGAGGGCCAUCCGAUAGCAUUUGACAGUAGAAAAUUGAAUGAUGCAGAGCGGCGCUAUACAUUCCACGAAAGGGAGAUGACGGCCAUUGUCCAUUGCCUAAGGACAUGGCGUCAUUAUUUGUUGGGAGCUCAUUUCCUCGUUAAGACGGAUAAUGUAGUGACUAGCUACUUCCAAUCACAAAAGAAACUAUUGCCAAAGCAGGCUCGAUGGCAAGAUUUCUUGGCAGAGUUUGAUUACUCAUUGGAGUAUAAACCGGGAAAAGCAAAUGUUGUGGCUGAUGCAUUAAGUCGCAAGGCUGUUUUGGCAACACUUUUGAGCACUACCAGCUGUAGUGUGCUGGAUUCCAUCAAAGAAGGGAUGGAACAUGAUCCCGUUGCCAAGCAACUUCUUGAUUUGGCGCGCAAAGGAAAGACCCAAAAGUUUUGGGAGUAG